GGACAAAAAGGACAAAAAGGACUCAAAGAAUGAAAAGGAUGAAAAGGACAAAAAAGAGGAAGAGGACAAAAAGGAGGAAGAGGAGGAAGAGGAGGAAGAGUACGACAUGGAUGAAGAGGAUGAAAAGGAGCUAUCAUACCCACCAAGUGUUGUUGAAUCAGAAACUGGCAAACAAGAAAACGCAAAGGAUGAUGUGAAACUCCAAGCUGAUUCAACAAAGGACUCCCCUGCAGCUUCCAUGAGUGUUGGACUUAGAAAACCUGCAAAAGUGAUUCUUGGAAUAGAUGAAAGUGAUCUGAGGGCCAAAGUACAGCUGCCUUGGAAGAAAAAUCUUAAUUCGAGGAUAGAGGAAAGAGCCCAGGCCAUGCAACAGAAAAUAUUAGAGAACGAUAAACUGAAGAAGGAACAGGAAAAGAAGACUACAAAAACGGUCCCUAGGGAUGACUUGGCUAAAGAGUGGUUCAAUCUCGAUAGCAUGACGCUGACUACCCGGGCGUACUUGCUGGACAAGCUUCUACCCACCUUGAUCCCUGGAGUGGAACAAAUGCUGAUGCAGGUGGAGAAGAAGAAGCUGUUGAGCCAAGCUGACAUCCCAAGCAAGUUUGAUCCAAUUAAUUAUUUGGGGGAAUAUUUAAUGAGACACAAUACUCUUUAUAUCAAAGACCCAGGAAUGUCUGGCUACCAGAGGGUGAUGAAAGAGGUCGCAGAAGAACUGAAGAUACAUGUUCCUGAUACGAUCAACAACAGAAUAUCUAAGAUGAAGGAGAAAGUGAAAGAGAAGAGAGAACAAAGAGAGUAUAUAAGCACAGUCAAAGUCAAGGUGGCCAACAUGAGAAAGCAGGCUCUGGAGGAGCAGUUCAACGAAUGGAUUCUCAACCCCAAAGGAAUGAUUCCAAUAGUCGUGAUUCAGAAUGUCCUUCAUGAUUUUUUUCAGAAGCCAGAGCUGCAUCUGGAAUCGCGUUGCAAAGAUGUGGUUAUCAUGAAAUCAGUGGAGGUAGGACUGACCCAGGAGCAGUUUGUACAAUACGUUUCUUCAUAUGUUACGGAUUUGAAAAGUGAAGUAUUUGAGGAAUUCCUUAAACACCUGUGCCACAGUGCAGACAAAUUCCGGGAGAUCAUAAUGACUGACAUGCGGAGGCAGAUAUUUGCUGAACUCUUCCUACAGUGCGACAGUGGGAAGGUGAUGGCCUUGGAUCGGCAGAGAACACUGGCCUUGCUGGAAGCGUUCUAUGACCAAUGCUCUUCCUCCACUAGGAGUUUACUCCGAAACCCAAGACAGUGGCCAUUUGUCGAAUUUGAGGAGAUAGAGUUGACUGAGUUCUGGGGAGACAUGGAUAUUAAGAAGCACAUUUAUGAAGACUUCGAUGCACUGCUCUUAAAGAUGAAUAUGUUAGUUGCUGAAAAACUUGCAGGCAAAUUCCCAGAGGACAAAGAUCUCCCACAACAGCAGAAAGAGAUCAAUACAGACCAGGAACAUUCAUCAGACUCAACAACGGAGCCAGGAACUGCUGCACAACUGACCUCACAAGAGACACCCCACAGAGUGUCACUUACAGGACAAGGACAGGGCAAAGGGCCUCGCAAAACAUCUGCUUCAAGAAAAGGAUCAGUGGCAGAGCAAAAGUCCCGAAGAAGCUCCGUUGUGAACGAAAACCAGCAGAGAGGUUCGGUGGCAGAGCAAGGGUCCCGAAGAAGCUCAGAAGUGAACGAAAACCAGCAGAGAGGGUCGGUGGCAGAGCAAGGGUCUGGAGGAAGUUCAGCCACGGAACAAGAGCCACAAACAGGGCAAGACCCAAACAGAGAUUCAGUGCCAGAACAAGAAUCACAUAUAGGGUCAAUCACAGAGGAAGGAACACAGAGAGGGUCAAUUUCAGAACCCGGGCAAGGCAUAGCAUCAAUAACAGGACAACGCAGAAAGUCAUCUGUAGAUGACGCUAGUAGUUCUCCAGAAACAGGGUCGCGCAGAGGAUCAGUGAUAGAUCAAGGACAGCGCAGAGGGUCUGGAGGUCAGCGCAAAGGGUCAGGAGGACGCAAAAUGUCAAUUUCAGAAUAUGGACCACAGCAAGAGUCCAUAACAGAAGAGCCCCUCAAAGAGUCAGAACAAGGAUGGCAAAUAGACACCAUUCAAGAAGAACAUGCUGCAGACUCGGCUCCACAAUUAGAAGAAGACAGCGCCUUAAAAGAAAGUAAAACCUUGGAAUUCAAUAAAAUGGAAUCUCAAGAAAAACAGCCUUUGCUGCUUAUCAACGAAGAGCAAGCCCCCACGGAUUCCGAACAGCGUGAAGACGUUCCCAUAUCCAGUAAAAAGGAACGUCCAUCAGGUAGCCUAAAAAAAGGAACUUCAAAAAGGGAUUCUCAGAAGGACAAAGCCUGUGAACCAAAGCCUCAGCAUGUAGAAGGAAAAAAAUGGUCAGGAGAAUUUUUGAUUUGUGACUGGAAGAUGAAGCAUGUCAAAUCUGAAGAUGAGGAACAGGCCAAAUUAAUCUGUGGUGACCCCAGAUUCACAGAUCUACAUGCAACUAUUAGGAAUUUUCAGACUUACAAGGGGAUCAAAGGGAGGAGUGCCUUCAAUGGAGUCUCCCUUGAUUUGCUGCAGUUUGUACAGCUCCUGGAGACAUUUGUUGGCGAAGACACCUCCUACAGCCUCAGCGAGAACCUCGCCUCCUUUUUUCAGAAGAACUAUUCUGAAACAAAGCAAGAGAAAAUUAAAGCCUUAGAACAUGCCAGACAAAAUUCCUUCCAAAUCCGACGGAGAAUUCUUCUGGAAGCCCUCUUUGAGAAGUGGGACAAUGAUGGCUCAGGCUUUCUGAAUCUGAAUGAAGUUGAUGAUCUCCUGUAUACAUAUAAGGAGGGAAUGGAAAGAGAAUCUAUGAAGAAAGCUAAACUGCACAUAAAAUUUCCAAAACCGAGUCCUGGUCAGGAAGUCAAACUGUCCUCAAAGCAGUUUCAGAGGUACAUAGAACUGGUCGUUUCUGAACUCAGGGGCAAUGAAGACCAAGUUCUGGAAAGCGUUGUGGAAUUCCUGAUGGGUUCUUUAGAGAGGAGCCACAUCGAGGGUCUAAGGAACUGUGCAAGGCGGAAAUGGCUCCAUCAGAUUCAGUACGCUGCAGAGACAAGCGGGGUGUCCCUGGAGCCAGUGUACACUGAGACCUUCAGGGCCCUCACCCAGGAUGCUGAGGCUCACGGAAAUAAGAAGAUCAGUGCUCACAUUUCCCUCCUAGAGGAAAACAUACUCCUACCUGAGAGAGGGCAUGUUCUCUUGAGGAAUGUGGCUUGUACUCUAGAUGACGCUCCGUUUGUCCUGAACAAAGUGCUCUACAGGGACAUGAAGGGAAUCAGCUUUACAGUAGUGGAUGAAGGCAAGACAAUCCAUGUCCCCCAAGUUCAGCACCAUGGAAAUAUCUUCUUCUGGAACAGUUCCCGAAGUAAGAACGAGCAUAACGGGUCGUUCCUGGCUCUGCCUCUUCAGGAUGCAUACAUGAGGAUCUUUGGGGUCCUGGCAGUUGACACACUUCGAGAUCCUCGUGAAAUAAACAUCUUCUUACCUCAUGAGAUCAGAUUCUACCAGGGUGUUGCCAAUGCCUUCAGCUCGGCUUAUCACUACGUUCACAGCAGAGAGCACAUCCUGCACACUGUGAUUAAUGGCAUCAGGUGGCUCUUCAAUAUCACAUCUGGCAUCACCACCAUCACUACAUGCUUCAUUGAACCUAGCUCAGAACAGGAAGACUAUGUUUUGCGAAAUAUGAUGGUUACAGAUUGUCUCGGUCAAGCAGAAAUCCACACAGAUCCCCCGACCAUCUUGAGAAACUCAUGCGUCUUCAAGGACUUCCUCUUUAAAUGCACAGACACUUCAGAAGUUAUUUUGGCUUCUUUCGGUGGAGAAACCCACAUUGCUAUUCCACUUCGCCAGAGAACCAAAGAGGCUAUGGGAGUCCUCGAUGUUAACAUUGGCCAGAGUCGGAUGCUGGUGUAUCAAGAGUAUAAGGAUCUACAGAAAAUGACGAAGAUGAUCCAAAACGUCUCCUAUGAAAUACUGGGCGAAUUCUCUGGAGAAAUCGAGAAAACUAUGGUUAUAGAGAUGGAAAAGGCAGGAGAGGUGAAGCGGGCAGCAAUCCUUUUCUUCCGAACCAUGCUGCAGGAGGUCCAGGAAUGCCUCAGCCUCCUCGAUUCCAUGGACUUUGUGUCGCUGCUGCUCUAUGAGCACAAACAACAUCUCGACUUGGUUCUUCAACACACCAAUCCCCAGGAGGUGGAAACCAACGUGGCACUUGUACAUGACAUCCUGAAAGGAGUCAUCUUGUUCUCUCAACAGGAGAAAGAAUCUUUCGUGGACGUGGAAGAGUGGGAAAGAUGGAAGUUUCACAUUAACAAGUACUUAAUUGAUGAGAUUUGUCAGUUUGAUCCAACUGCUAGCAAUGUGGAAAUUAAUGUAGAUCUUAUUACAAGAUAUAUCCAAGAUCAUUCUCGGCUUGAAGUCUGGAAAUUCAACAACAUUGUCAUUGAACUCCUGUACCACUGGAUAACCAUUUGUUUGACUCUCAUAGAGCUAAACAUCCAACAAGAUAUCUCCAUUAUACCUCCAUUGCCCAAGAAGAGUACCACCUCUAUUUAUGCAAUAUCCUCAGAGAGAUCAAUUCGAGAGAAGUUUUAAGGAUUGGUACCGUACGGGGACAUGUUGAUUGUGUCCAAUGCUGUUAACCAUGAAAUAUUUUCAACUGGAAAGAAUGCCCCACAGACAUAUUUUGCUCCCAGAUACGCACCCCAGUACUCUCUAAAGCCAAAAAUGCCACCUACUUAAGGGAGAGAGUGUAUCUAAAGAGUAUGCAUCAAUGAUAACCAUACCCCAAUGUACCAGAGUGCAUAAUAGAAUGUCCUUUAGUUUUAGAGUUCUGAUUGACAGGAGACUAUCAUAACUACUUGGGAAGUUGCUUUUCAUUAAUUUAAAUAGCAAAAUAAAGAAUACUGGGGGUCUGGGCAAGGAGAAAUGGCAGCUUUUACACUGAAAGAGUACCAAACAAUAAAGACUUUGAGAACUUGUAA